AUGCAAUAUGGCCAGUGUAGUAUAACGAAUUGUCAGACAUGCAUACAAACAUCUGGUGUGACGUCAUGCUCACGGUGCAAUAGUGGUUACUUCCCCUUAUCAACGACUUGUCAACCCUGUAGCCAGGGAUGUAAAGCGGUAACGUCAGGAUCAACAUGUGAUGGAUCAACAGGGAUCUGUGCCAGUGGUUGUAAUACUGGUUGGAUUGGAGAAAAAUGUGAUCGGUGUGACAGCAAUUAUUACAGUGCAGGGGGGAGUUGUUACCAAUGUAGCGUAAAUUGUGUAAGUUCAUGUGACGGUACCAACGGCAGCUGCUUUGGAGGAUGUCGUCAUGGUUACAGGGGAACACGUUGUGAAAAUACCUGUAGUCCUUUCUGUGUAGGACAAAGCUGUUUCUAUACAAACGGCACCUGUACAACCGGAUGUGUUAACGGAUUUUAUGACAAUCUUUGUGAGUCUCCUUGCGGUGCGUGUCAGUGUGAAAGACAGUCAGGAAACUGUACCGGGUCGUGCGAUGCUGGAUGGUUUGGAGAAAAAUGUGACAAGAGAUGUAAUUCUGCUUGUUAUCUUGAGACCUGUGAACGUAAUGAUGGCCACUGCACGUACGACUGUCCUACUGGAUUUUAUGGACCUUACUGCGAUAAGAACUGCAGUACCGGAUGUGACGGAAAGUGCAAUCGAGACACCGGAGUAUGUUCAACUGGAUGCAAGCCUGGAUUUUAUGGAGACAUUUGCACAAAUCCAUGUAAUCCAAACUGUAAGACUGGAUAUUGCUCUAGAUCCGAUGGAUUGUGUGUUGGUGAUUGUACGGAUGGAUAUUUUGGUGAUUACUGCUCUAGGACUUGUGCAAGUUCCUGCAGUGGAAACUGCAAUAAAGAUUCGGGUUUCUGUUCAGGUAAUUGCCAGGACGGCAGAUUCGGCAAUUUCUGUGAGAAGUUUUGUACCGCUGGAUGUUCGUCUAACACUUGCGAUCGAACUUCUGGUGUAUGCACGUCAGACUGCAUCUCUGGGUUGUACGGGUUAUUUUGUAACCAAUCUUGUGGAACUUGUGAUUCAACUGGCUGUGAAAAGUCUAGUGGAAUCUGUAAUAGCCAAUGCGAUCCUGGAUAUUUCGGAAGCAUGUGCACAAAUCGUUGCCUCUUUGGUUGCUUUAAUGAAGCAUGCCAGAAAAGCAAUGGCGAUUGUAUAGGAGAAUGUAAGGCUGGUUAUUUCGGUACAAACUGUUCCCAGUUUUGUAGUUCAAACUGUAAUAGGUCCGUUUGUUCCAAAACCUCUGGUGAUUGUUUCAGUUGUUCUAAUGGUCGAUAUUAUGGUCGAAAAUGUCAAAGCGCAUGUCCAAAUUGUGAUUCACAGGGUUGCUCUUUCGAAACAGGUGUAUGCAUCGGGUCGUGUAUGCCUGGAAAUCACGGGGCUAAAUGUGAUCUUCAAUGUAACGCAAAUUGUGAAAAUCAGUUGUGUGACCGAACGUCUGGGAAAUGUUUGAAAUGUAAAGUAGGCUUUUACGGGUUUAAUUGUACAGUGCCUUGUAUUGGAGAUUGUCCAUCCAAUGGGUGUGAACAAGAUACUGGUUACUGUUCUAAGAAUUGUUCAAUAGGUUCUUGGGGCCAAACCUGUACAGGAAGGUGCAGUUCGACAUGUUUUCAAAACACAUGCGAUAGAGAUACAGGGUAUUGUCAUGCUUGUGAUGACGGAUUUUACGGUUUAACUUGCAAUCAGAAUUGUAGUAAUCAAUGCUCGUCGGGAACUUGUGAUCGCUCCAUUGGUUCCUGUAUCGGCUCUUGCAAUGUUGGGUAUUAUGGAUAUAAAUGCGAGUAUCAAUGUGUGGAGUACUGUAAUGGUUCUUGCAACCAGGCCACUGGCAUGUGUGACAAUCCGUGUCCACAUGGACGUUAUGGUGAUUACUGCUCUUCGCUCUGCCAGGAAACUUGCUAUGGAGACGAUAACAAAUGCAUUCGACCUUCAGGUCAUUGUGAAACCGGAUGUGAUGUGGGCUAUUUUGGCAACUUUUGUGACUUAACUUGUCCGAAUUGCGACACUACUGGUUGCCACAGAUCGAAUGGCUCUUGUAUUACUUCUUGUAAAGUAGGAUACUAUGGAUUGUCCUGUAACCGUUCUUGUAGUCAGCCUUGUAAUAACUGUAUGUGUGCCAAAGAUACGGGGUAUUGUAUUAACGGCUGUACAUUGGGGUAUUUUGGCAACACCUGUGAAGACAUAUGUAAUCCAAACUGCGAUUCCUUUGGUUGUCACAGAUCUACUGGUGUCUGUUUAGGCUCUUGUAAACCACGCUAUUAUAAUCCAACUUGCUCAGGAGUAUGCAGCCCACAGUGCAAAGGAGGAACCUGUGAACGUUUAAAUGGUACCUGCUCGGAAUGUAACAUCGGUUAUUAUGGGGACUUCUGCAAUCUAACUUGCAGCAAAUGUGACAGUCAGGGAUGCAAUCAAGCCGUCACUUGUCAAGGUGCCUCCAAUGGUUGUGAUAAAUUCACUGGAAAGUGCAUUGAGUGCCCAGUGGGAUCAUUUGGAAUAAACUGCCAGAGUAACUGUCGGGCAUAUUGUGGAGGUAACGGAACCUGUCACCCGGUCACUGGUGUGUGUGUCAGCGGCUGUAAGGAGGGAUGGAGCGGACCGCUGUGCGGUGACGGUAUUAAAAUGUGUCUCGUUAAAAAUAAAGAAGUCUAA